AUGGAUUACUAUGGAAAGUAUGCUGCUGUCAUUUGUGCUGUGUUAUCUGUAUCUCUGAAUAUUCUUUAUUCAUUGCCAGAGGGAGAGUUUACCAUACAGGAUUGUCCCGAAUGUAAACUAACUUUGAACACUCAGAUGACUAAACUGUUCAAUGGCAGGCCUGUGUACCAGUGUGCAGGAUGUUGUUUCUCAAGAGCUUAUCCCACUCCCAUGAGGUCAAAAAAGUCCAUGCCUGUGCCAAAGAACAUUACUUCAGAAGCAAAAUGUUGCGUAGCAAGAGCUUUCAAAGAGGCUUCCAUUCCAAAUUAUGAAAAAAUGAAGAUAGAGAAUCACACGGACUGUCACUGCAGUACCUGCUACUAUCAUAAAUCUUAA